GGUUCUUCACCAUCUGCUGAGCACCAGCAUAACAAUGGGACGUUGAGACCGUCAACCUGCACUGUGCUGUUACCACCAACCAGACAACUGGCUUUCGUGGAGACCCACCUGGCAAGAGUGAGCGCUGCAAGACCCAAACUUAACCACGCUAAGAUUACUACGCAGCGCCGGAGCCCGCUGUCUGCCCGGCGACCGAUGACGUCACUGUUGGCGCGUCCGUGACGUCAGAGGCGGGCGCCAUACUUGAAGAGGCUGAGGGAGGCGGUGGCGCAGCUGCGGCGCUGUCAUGGAGCUAGCGCGGGAAGCCCGGGAACUGAGUUGCUGGGCGGCCGAAGAGAUGGGGGUGCCCGUGGCGGCCCGAGCCCGGGAAUCGACGCUGCGCAGGCUGUGUCUGGGCCAGGGGGCUGACAUCUGGGCCUACAUCUUGCAGCAUGUGCAUAGUCAGAGGACUGUCAAGAAGAUCCGGGGAAACCUACUCUGGUAUGGCCACCAGGACAGUCCACAGGUCCGUCGGAAGUUAGAGCUGGAAGCUACUGUGACCCGCCUGCGGGCAGAAAUCCAGGAGCUCGACCAGAGCCUGGAGCUGAUGGAGCGAGACACUGAGGCUCAGGACAUAGCCAUGGAGCAGGCACUUCAGCACACUCAAGACACCCAGCGUCGAGCUCUCCUCCUCCGGGCCCAAGCUGGGGCCCUGCGAAGACAGCAGCAUAGGCUCCGAGAUCCCAUGCAGCGGCUGCAGAAUCAACUGAGGCGCCUGCAGGACAUGGAGAGGAAAGCCAAAGUAGAUGUGACCUUUGGAUCCCUCACAUCGGCAGCUCUGGGCCUGGAGCCUGUGGUCCUGCGUGAUGUUCGAACAGCCUGCACUCUCCGGGCCCAGUUCCUGCAGAACCUCCUGCUUCCCCAGGCCAAGAGAGGCAGCCUCUUAACCCCUCAUGAAGACCACUUUGGCACUUCCUACCAGCAGUGGCUGAGCUCUGCGGAGAUGCUGCUGACAAACCACCCCCCGGGCCACAUCCUGGCUGCCUUGGAGCACCUGGCUGCAGAGCGGGAGGCAGAGAUUCGGUCCCUGUGCAGUGGGGAUGGGCUUGGUGACACAGAGAUAUCCAGACCCCAGGCCCCGGACCAGUCAGACUCCAGCCAGACCCUGCCGUCCAUGGUUCAUCUCAUCCAGGAGGGCUGGCGGACUGUGGGUGUGCUGGUCUCCCAGCGGAGUGCCCUCCUGAAGGAGCGGCAAGUCCUGACCCAGCGCCUCCAGGACCUGAUGGAAGAGGUGGAGAGACGCGUCCUGGGAUCCAGUGAGAGGCAGGUGCUGAUACUGGGGCUUCGGGGCUGUGGCCUGUGGGCGGAGCUCAAGGCCCUGCGUGCUCAGAGCCGGGAGCUGGAGGAUGCAGCCGGGCAUCGGCAGCUCCUGCUGAGGGAGCUACAGGCCAAACAGCAGCGGAUCCUGCACUGGCGCCAGCUGGUGGAGGAGACCCAGGAACAGAUCCGCCUGCUCAUCAAGGGAAACUCAGCCAGCAAGACCCGCCUGUGCCGGAGCCCGGGGGAGGUGGUAGCUCUGGUCCAGCGAAAGGUGGUCCCUACAUCUGAGGCAGUGGCACCACAGAGCCAGGAGCUGCUGCGCUGUCUGGAGGAGGAAGUCCGGCAUUUGCCUCACAUUCUGUUGGGCACGCUGCUGCGGCACAGCCCUGGAGAGUUGAAGCCCCUGCCCACAGUCCUCCCAUCCAUCCACCAGCUGCACCCCGCAUCCCCAAGGGGCUCCAGCUUCAUAGCACUGAGCCACAAGCUGGGGCUGCCCCCAGGGAAGGCCUCGGAGCUGCUCCUGCCCACAGCUGCCUCUCUUCGCCAGGACCUUCUGUUCCUGCAGGACCAGCAGAGCCUCUGGUGCUGGGAUCUACUCCACAUGAAGAGCAGCCUACCGCCGGGCCCUCCCACCCAGGAGCUGUUGCAGAUCCAGGCAUCCCAGGAAAAACAGCAGAAAGAGAACCUGGGGCAGGCUCUGAAGAGGCUGGAGAAGCUGCUGAAACAGGCGCUGGAGCGAAUCCCUGAGCUGCAGGGGAUUGUGGGGGACUGGUGGGAGCAGCCAGGCCAGGCCGCCCUCUCUGAGGAGCUCUGCCAGGGCCUGUCCCUGCCCCAGUGGCGGCUGCGCUGGGUUCAGGCCCAGGGGGCCCUGCAGAAGCUGUGCAGCUGAAGAGAGUGUUCAAACAGAAGCUGAGAACUUGACACUGUUCACCCCAACACCUCACCUCCCCCAGGACAUUUGGAAGAAAGCGGCGCCAGGAUUCCUCGGCUGUCGUCCCCACCCGCACCUGCAAUCCCCUUACGUGCUGUUCUGCUGCCCCGCUCAGCUCCCUGGCCCCUAUCCUUUCAUCACUUUCAUUCUCAGCAAAAAGUAAUUGAGCACCUCCUCUAGGCGCUGGGGAGUCCACACUGAACAAAAGAGCCAGAAGACCCUGUCUUCCAGCAGUUGAGUUCUAGGGCAGGGAGACAGAGUUUACAAGAUAAGGAAAUGCUGCAGGGUAACUGCUGUGUGGGAAAUCCAGCUCAAGGCAACAGCACAUGCAAAGGCCCUGAGCCAGGAUGUGCUGGAAUAAGGGCCAUUGAGGGGGACAGUAUAGGUUGGGGAUAAGGAAUGUAUUAAAAGAUGAGAAUGCCUUCUAGUUUGUAUAGUUUCUUUUUUUACAUGUAAAUCAGCCUUUUGGAAUUUAUCCUAGCACAUGGAUCCAAUUUUGUCUUAUUUUACAUACAUCCUAGUAGCACUUACUGAAAUUCCUAGUCAGAGUGGCAGUUGCCUCUGAGGGAAGGUGGGCGGCUGGGAUCAACUGAGGAGGAGACACAGAAAUGUCCUAGCUGAUGGGAAUGUGCUGUGUUGAGAGCAGCGGAGGUGAUGCAGGUAUAGAGAUUUGUCAGAGCUCAUCUAGCUGUAGUCUUAAGGCCUGUGCAUUUCACUGCAUAGGUUACUCAAUUUAUAAAGCAAAGCCUUAUGCUUUUGAGAUGCCACCUUUUUAUGCGCUAAAUUUCUAUGUUUAAUUGGGUUAUAUCUAGCUUCUCUCCAGAACUGCUUUGUAUUUAACCCUCCAUGUGCCAUUCCCACAGUAGCUUAAUAGAAAGGCUUAUGACACAUUGUCA